CUGUGGUCUUGACAAGCGCUGCCUGGGCUCCGCCGGCUCAGUAAUAACUGAGUGACCUUUUCUUUGGCUGUAUUAUGUCUGGCUGGGAAGGGAUUGCAUUUUGCAGCUGAGAGCCGGGGCUUCCUUCAGCUCGGCUCCUUGCGUGCUGCUGGGGAGAAGCGCUACAAAGCAGCCACUGUGCUUUCUGAACCGCCUCCCCCUGUAUCGCUUAAUUGAGAAGGUAUACAAAUGCUCUCAGUCCAGCCAGACACCAAGCCGAAAGGUUGUGCUGGCUGCAACCGAAAGAUCAAGGACCGGUAUCUUCUAAAGGCCCUGGACAAGUACUGGCAUGAAGACUGCCUGAAGUGUGCCUGCUGUGACUGUCGUUUGGGAGAGGUGGGCUCCACCCUGUACACUAAAGCUAAUCUUAUCCUUUGUCGCAGAGACUAUCUGAGGCUCUUCGGUGUGACGGGAAACUGCGCUGCCUGCAGCAAGCUCAUCCCCGCCUUUGAGAUGGUGAUGCGCGCCAAGGACAACGUUUACCACCUGGACUGCUUCGCAUGUCAGCUUUGUAACCAGAGAUUUUGUGUUGGAGACAAAUUUUUCCUGAAGAAUAACAUGAUCCUUUGCCAGACGGACUACGAGGAAGGUUUAAUGAAAGAAGGUUAUGCACCCCAGGUUCGCUGAUCUGUCAACAUCGCCCAUUAAGAAUACAAAGCACUAAUCCUUUUAUCUUUUUUGCUCUACAUGUAUAUAAGAAUUGACACAGGAACCUACUGAAUAGCGUAGAUAUAGGAAAGCAGGAUGGAUAUAUGAAAUAAAAGGGGGACUGCAUCUGUAUGUAGUGAAAUUGCCCCAGUUCAGAGUUGAAUGUUUAUUAUCAAAGAAAAAAGUAAUGUACAUAUUGCUGGAUUUUUUGCUUGCUAUUUGUUUUUGUGUCACUUGGCAUGAGAUGUUUAUUUUGGACUAUUGUACAUAAUGUAUUUGAAGCACAAAUGUAAUACAGUUUUAUUGUGUUACCAUUUGUGUUCUGUUUGCUUCUUUGUAUUGUUGCAUUUAGUACAAUCAGUGUUUAAACUUACUGUAUAUUUAUGCUUUCUGUAUCUACCAGCUAUUUUAAAUGAGCUGUAACUUUCUAGUAAAAAAGUUGAAGAGCAAAUCUCACUGAUGAUACACAUAUAGAUAAAGCAAGUCUAUUGACAUUUAAAAGACUAAAAAAUAAAGACAAACACAAAGCAUUUUAAGCAACAUUCACUAUUAUUGCCACUAUGAUUUAGCCUAUCAGUGUUCUCAUUAUAAUCCCCUAUUUUCAGGGGGUUAAGAUCAGCUUUAAAAAAUGCAUAAAAAUUUCAUCUUAAAGCACUUUCAUUUUAUACCAACGUGAAAAGUGCCACUUUUAGAAUAACUUUAAAGCUUAGUUAUCCUUUUAAUAUUCUUGUGUGUGUGCGUGUGCGUGUGUGUGUGUGCUCUUUACCUAUAUUAUGGCUUUGUUUGUUUGUUUGUUUGUUUGUUUUCAGCCAUUCACCCCUUAUGUGAACUAGUGCCUUUGGGUAUCAUGUAAAUUUUUUUCCAAAGGGUUACUUUAAAAAAGUGUUACCGCAAUUAUGAAAUAAUUUAAAAUGAUUAAUUAAAUUUCUUGUACAAAUUUUGCCCAGAUCUCUCCAUAACAGCUAAGUGUUUAAUGACUUUAUGGCUUGAUACAUUUCUGGCACUAAAAGGAUUUGAGUGUGAAUCUACUGAAAUCAUGAUAAUGCACAUUGAAGCUAUGAUGAUAUUUGAGUAGUGAGGUUACCUUUGAUCGAGCAACAGAGCGCUCAUAGAAUCUUCUAGAAGAAGAGAAACAAAGGGAUUGAUAAAAAGCUGAGAACUGGUAAUUAUAUAUUUUUCUGUAUUUACCUGCCACUUAUUUUAAUGUUGAAAAGUGAACACUUUAAAGUUUGAUGUGUCUUACUCUUGCUUUCUUUAAGUAAUUGCCCACUCAGUAUACAUCACACUUGAGCUGAAAUCUUUGCUCCAUUUUUUAAAGGUGAAAUAUUAUUCCCUUACCUACAUGAGAGCUGAUAAAGAAGAAAACUUUCUAGAAACAGAAAUUGUGAAGACUGAUUAUUUAAAUUACAUUUUAAGAAAUUAAAAUAAGUCUAUAAUCCCCUCUUCUGGGUUGCUCACACUUUGCUUUCUUUGCUUCUGUUCCCUGUGGUUUUUCUUUAUUUUUUUCUUGAUCACUUGUAUAGGAAACAAUAUUUCCCAGUGUUAUUUGCAUACAUAUUUUGUCCUGCCUAUAUAUGUAUUGCAGAUGAAAAUGAAGUGCGAUACCUGAAUUCUUGGUUUGGGGCUAAAAUAUUAAGCUGCAAAUAAUGCUGGUGUGGCUUUUGAGUUGUUUUAAAAACAAAGCUUUAUUAUGGACAUGCAUGUGAAUCUGGAUAUUGCCUCUCAUUUUUAAGAAAACAAUUCUGUGAAAAGUGAAUGAUAUGUAUUUUUACCAAUGCUUCAUGGUUAAGAGUGUUCAAGUCACGUGUCUCCAAAAUUCGAGAUACACUGAAAAAAGAAUUUCAAAAAUAGCUAUUUGGGGCCCAUGAUAUAACUAUUGUUUUAGCCUUAGAGCCUUACAUUUGUUUCAUGAAAAGACUUGCAUAGCCAAAACCAAAAACAGCAAAACAGAACAGAAGAGAACAAAUGGAUGCGGGGGAAAUAGCGAGAAGUGGUUUUCAUGACCCUGCAGCCCUGCUCGUCCCCUUUAAGAGUUGCUUGACAUUCAUGUGGAUGUACAGUUUUAAUUGUCAGUACCUUUUUUCAAAUGAUCUUUUAAAUAUUUAAAUGGUUUUGCAUAUGUUAAGAUCAAUAUGUCAAAAUACCUGUAAACUGGGAACAAACUGUCCUUGGCACCCAAAGACCAAACGUUUUUGACUGCCUUUUAUUUUGCAUAAUCCUUUGGGAAUUAAUUCUUACGCCUUUCCUACGAACUUAAUUACUCUCCUAGAUUAAAGAUUAAGGCCUUAAUCUCCAUAGAUUAUCUUUAAUCUCUAUGAACCUGUGAAACAAGACAGAAAUAGGCCAUUUUAUAACUAAUUGCCCGUAAAGUGUAGCAUUUUUGACCUGAAGUACUAAGCUAAUUGUUUUGACUAUUCAAAGUCCCUGAAUUGUUGUCAACUUUCCUCUUUGUGUGGUGUAGCCCUGAUGUCACUUAGCUUGUUAUCUGAUGCCUCCAGUAGGACACCUCCAAUGGAGCUUUGAUUUCUCAAGCAGGGAAAGCUCCCUUCCUAACGUGCAUCACAUAGAGGCCGCCUCUGAUGAAGGACCAGGCACCUCCAGUCCACCAGAAUGCUGGCUGAGUUUAAAAGCUGACCUGUGUUUGUAAUUUCACUUUCAUCUUGCUUAAUAAAUAUCUGCUGGCAUCUUUCAUUCAUUUUUUA